AUGCUUACGCAACCAAGCACGUGCAGCUCAAUCACUUGCUUUACUGUUACUGUUCGUAUAGUCAAUUCGAAUAUUCUCGUUGAGAAAAAGGAUGGCGUGAUUGACAAAUGCCUGCGAAUGGGCAACUGCCAGAACCAUCUCGGCCUGAUUCUUGGUGUGGUUUUCGGUGCAAUAGCAGUGAUUGUAAUUAUUGUCGGAUACAUACUAAGUCGAAGGCAUCGUCUUAAUAUCUAUCGCAUGCACUGGAGAGUUACCAAAGAUCAGUUGAAGAUUAUAGAGAACAAGCAGGCGAACUUCAAAGGAUCGAAGGCAGGUGAUGGAAUCUCUGGUAAGCGACGAACUGUGGUUUCGUACGCAUUACUCGGAAGUAAUAAGGCAGAGUUUAUCGCUCUGAGACACGUGAAGAAGAUCAAGUGGACCAAACCAGAGUUAAAAUUUUUGUACGAGAUGCGACAACUGAACCAUGACAAUCUCUCCACCUUUCUGGGAAUUUGUGCGAACGAGCUCGACAACUUCUACAUUCUCUACGCCCUGAUUGAUCGUGCAUCACUC